CUCGGAGGUCACUUCCACGACAGUGAAAAGGAAAGGGCCAAGGUGCCGACGCUCCAUGUUGGCCAUAUAUAUUCCUUCGUAGUGGUUGAAUUCCCUGUCCUGCUUUGGAGCAUUAUUUUCCAAGGGGACCUCAGAUACCGUUUUUGAGUUACUUGAAAAUCACGUUGUAUUUCUUUUACCAGUUAUGUUGGGCCCUCAAGAGACUAUCCUCCCGCCACCGGCCGUCCACGACAGUCUGGUCGUGCUGGACUACAAUGACCUGGUCUCAGACUCGGUCGACUUGACCACUCAGCUGCAGAGUGCUUUUGGAGCCGAAGGCCUCGGUGCGUGCGUGGUCACUAAUGUUCCGGGCUAUGUCGGAAAGCGUGAGAAGCUCCUGAAGUUGGCGUCAGCACUGGCCAACCUGCCCCAGGAGGCGUUGAAGAAGGCCGAGCACGAAGAGUCGUCGUACCUGUUUGGUUGGUCACACGGGAAGGAGAUCAUGAACGGCAAGGCAGACUUCGCCAAGGGUUCUCUCUACAACAACCCCGUCUACGAUGUUGUGCCAAACGCUGACGAGGAGUACAAGAAGAAGUUUCCCGCCUAUGGAUGUUCUAAUGUCUGGGCGGAAGAGCUGCCUGAACUCAAGGACGCUUUCAUGGAUUUGGGAGGCCUGAUCGUCAAAACUGGGCAGCUAGUCGCCCGCCACUGCGACAAAUACCUCUCCAAAGAGCAUCCCGACCUCCCGGCGAACUUCCUCGAAAGUGCCAUCGCAGAAUCCACCACUGUCAAAGCCCGUCUCCUCCACUACUUCCCCAUCGAAGAGCCCGCUAAGCCCGAAACCGCCACCACGACCGCGGACUCUACCCAACCCGAAGACUCCUGGUGUGGUCUGCACGUCGACCACUCGAUGCUGACGGGUCUCACGAGCGCCAUGUACGUUGACGAAAGCGAGGCAGGAACAUACACCGAGAUCGACGCCGCGAACAUUGCGGCGCAGAACGCGCAGAUGGGCAGGAACCUCGCUCAGUCCGGGUUGUACAUCAAGACCCGUGGGGGCAAGUUCGUUAAGGUCAAGAUCCCCAAGGACGCGGUUGCGUUCCAGAUUGGUGAGGCGGCGCAGAUUGCUAGUCGGGGCUUGUUGGUUGCCACGCCGCAUCUUGUGAAAGGUGCUCCUAUCCCGGCCGGAUCGGGGAUGGUGAUUGCCAGGAAUACGUUCGCUGUGUUCAUGCAGCCCAACGUCGACCACAAGCUGACGGCUGACCAGACUUUCCACCAAUUCACCGAGGAGGUUAUGAAGCGCCACUACGCAGACCGAAUGUGAUGAGAACCGGACUCCUACUAGACUAGCACCAUGGUAUGGUGACGCAAGUCACCAAACUUGCAACGUAGCAUCAAACACCAAGCAUCCCUUCUGCAUCGGCGUAUAUAACUUGUUCUUACUGACACGAUUCGAGUAGUACACAUUAAACACGUACAUAGAUUGUACUGGACUGGACUAAAAUACAAAUGUCUC